AUGAGUUUGACCCCUUUUUUGGAAGAACAUUUAAAAGUGUACAGAAAUGCUGGAAAGGGGAACCCAUCAUAUCUAUCGGCAUACAUUUGUGAAGAAUUUAUUGAAAUAAUAGGACAACAGGUAUUUUGUGCAAUUCUGGAAGAAAUCAAAGAGUCAAAGUAUUAUUCAAUAAGAGUCGAUUCCACUCCGGACAUCUCGCAUAUUGAUCAACUGACAUUUACUAACCGGUACAUUCGUGGAAGUGAGCCGGGGGAACAUUUCCUCAAAUUCAUCCCCAUCUUUUCUCACGGGGCGAAGAAUUUAGCAGACACGGUUGUAGAGUUCCUGCAAGAGAACAACAUUCCGUUAUCAAACUGCCGUGGUCAGUCUUAUGACAAUGCCUCAAAUAUGUCAGGACGCUACACUGGAUUACACAGUCUGAACUUAGUGGGAGUAAAAGUGGCAGAGUGUGGUCCACAGAUCGUCUCUUUCUUUGACUUUAUUCAGCAUUUGUAUUCCUUUUUCUCGGCUUCCACCCAUCGCUGGAAUGUUCUGACGUCAUCCUUAGGAAAGAAUCACAUUGUGGUCAAGUGUCUCUCUGGCACGAGAUGGUCAGCACAUUUUGAUGCUGUCACUGCUCUUCAUGGAGGUUUCGAGAAAAUUCAAGAUGCAUUGGAUGCCCUUGCAGUUGAUGCUGAUCACAAGUGGAACACAAGACGCGAGGCAGAAGGACUGAGCAAGAAAAUGGAGAAGCUAGAGAUUAUCUUUUUAACAAUUCUUUGGAAUGACAUUCUGGGAAGAGUGAACAAAACAAGUAAAAUUUUGCUGUCAAAAAAUGUGGACAUACUUGUUGCCAAUGAUCUCCUCAAGUCUCUGAAAGUCUAUCUUCAGGAAAUGAGAGACAAAUUCAGUGAGUAUGAAGCGAAGGCUAAAAGCAGGUGUCCUGAUUUGAAAUAUAGCGAUGGAGACAAACGUGCAAGAAAGCGAAGUAUGCAUCUUACCAGAUAUUAUGGGUUACCGGAACAGAUACUUCUCCACGAAACUGAAAAAUUCAAGGUGGAAACAUACCUUCCUCUUCUGGACUCUCUAAACUCUCACCUGACUGAACGUGAAGCCUACGAAAGUAUUGAAAAUCUGUUUUCCUUAUUCAGUCAGUUAAAAACAAUUGACUGUAAUGAGUUUAGUCAAAGGUGUGAAAAAUUGGCUAAUGCUUAUCAUGAAGAUCUUGAUUACAAUGAAUUGCUCAAUGAAUGCAAGCAAUUCAAGCACUACAUUGUCCACGAUGAAGAAUACAAGACUCUUCCAGACGUGUACAGAAAACUCAUUCCAGAUAAGUUGAAAUCUGUGUUUCCCAAUGUUGAAAUCGCACUCAAAAUAUUUAUAUGCAUGAUGGUGACCAACUGUACCCGGGAGUGCUCAUUUUCCAGGUUGAAACUUACAAAGUAUCAUCUUCGCAGCACAAUGGGACAGCAGGGGUUGAAUCUGCUUUUCCUCGUGUGCAUUGAAAGCGACAUCCUCAAAAACAUAGACUUUCAACCAAUUAUAAAGCAAUUUUCUGCAAUUAAAUGCCGCAAAUUUUCCAGUUAA